AGAUGCGCGAAGAACGAAAACUGGUCUUUUCGCAGUUAUGGACUCUGGUGAACUGCGGUAUACGUAAGUCCACAGUACAAACUGGUCGCGCGUUCACGAUUGUUCACGGCCGCAAACGAAAAUUGCCGAAUAGACCUUUAAAUGGGUUGUAUCACUUUGUCUCUCUCUACAAAUAGUUUCUCUCUCAGAGUAUCGCCUCUUAUUAUACCUACUCUUUGCUGCAGUCAUACUCUUAUGGCAUUGUCGCCAUAUUACAUUUCAUUCAACACAUGCGAUUACAAGCUUACAGCUAAAUUCACACGAUAUUGUACUCAUACAUAUAGGCGAGGUUUGCAACAAUACCAAUGACUACUCAUGAACUAUAAAAAAGUACAGAGUAAAGAUUAAAGAUCACUACUCUUUCUCUAUUGCAUACUCGUGACCAACUGGAUCUGUAGUCGCUGCUAGUAAUAAUGUCUUUCAAACGAAGCCAGCAAAAGAAUGCUUACUGCAAUUUGAAAUAAUCAGCCAAAUCAAUUUGUUUAAGCCAUGGAUAUAUUUUGUUAUCUUAUUUGCAAUUAUGCAUAGAGGAAGAGUACCCGGACUGAUUUUAUCUCAGACCUUUUUUCAUUUUAAUUUUUUUUUGAGACCCUGCUUCGUUCAAAAACCAAGUUGGCGAGCUUGUUUUUUAACGCAAGCGUAUCAAAUAUAACUGCAGCAAGUAGGAGUGUAUUCAAGUAUGCAAUUGACAGACAUUCAGAAGCGGGAUGGACUGUAUUUGAAAAAGAUGAGUCACAUUUGAUAUUUCUAUUGCUUUGUAUGAAGAGUUACGUUCCGUUCCUUUAUUAUUUAUCUAUUACGUGGCAUUAAAUAUCGAAAUCUGAACCCUUAUAUAUCAGUUAGAUGACGGCGAUACGCCGUGUGUUAACAGGUCAUGGGGGCCUGUUUCGGCCGCUGCAUUUCCAAAGUUACAGAUUCCUUGUCAUACAGGUUUUAUCAGAGGCACACCAGUAUGUCUUUCCAAGGAGACGAACAAGUUGAGUUCAUGGAUGACAAAGGAGAUGCAGACCAAUCUAGAGGAUCAAAAACCCUGUUAUCGUUUCUCUCCUUAAACCGAUUCAAGAAAAAACAUGGAGUUCCUGUAACAUUGGAAUUGUUAGAAGAUGGUGGAUGGUCAAAGGGUACUAAUAAAUAUGCUAGACUGAGUUCUAGAAACAAUGCUUCUACUAGUUCUGGACUGGACACUCCGCUUCAAAUUCUUGAUGCAAGAACGUUAAUAAAACAACAAGCAUGUGUUUCUUCCACUCCAGGAUCCUCAUUAGAUUUAGAGUGGGAACACGAGGGGAUGCCUCUGCCAGUCAUGGAUGAUGAAAAGGUUGAAAGUACCGACGGUUCUAUAACACAAACAUCGGUUAACAAUAGUCAACCCUCUAGUUUGACAGCAUCUCCUUGGUCAAGAGUCUCUACACCAAAUAGUUUAGAAUGGGAUCCGGUCGAAGCGGAUAUGGUAUGUGUUGAUUUAGAGACUGAACAACUUUUAACUGAGAUAGAGAGGUUGACGGAUAGAGCAUUGAAAGAAACAGGUGAAUGGACUAAUAGCAGUUGAUAAAUAAUGCAUUUAUAAUUUAACAGGAUUAUUUGUAUUUUUGUAUUACUAAAAGGGAGUACACAACGGAAUUAAUGUACAUGAAAUACUUGUAGGAAACAAAAAAAGAGAUUCUACUGUUUCAAUAUUUGUAUUGUUGAAACAAUAUGAAGAUAUAUUUGUAUUGUUUCAAGGUAUAUAUACAUACGUGCAUAAGAUAAGAUAGUUAACACAGAAUUUUAAUAGAAAGGUGUGUUGCUUGAAAAUACCUUUCACCAGGUUAUUAUAUAUAAAAAAAAAAGAAAAAUGCCAACAUUUGAAACGAAGAAUUUUUUAUAUAAUACAUAUGUAUAUAAAUUUUACAUAGGUAAAUGAAAGAACAUGCGUUUGUUUUUCAAUUUCAAA